CAUCACACUCAAACAGCGUCCAACGAACAAAAAAGGGGAAAAUGGCGCUACAAUCCCAGUUUUUAUGUUCCUUCUUCAGCGGCAAAGUUGGAGAUGCACACAGUGUUCCAUUGUUUCCCGGUCCCAGCCAGUACACUUUCAGAAUCAGAUCGCAGAAAGCUUCUGAUUCUGAUGAGGAUCCGGCUCCGUCCAGCAAGAAAGGAUUCGGGUCAUCGAAUUCCAAUGAGAGUGCUGCAGCAGUAUCAACAAGCAGCAGUAAGAAGAAGCAGAAGAAGGGUCGAAGAGAAAGAGCCUCCAUAAUUCGAAGGACUCCACUGGAAAAGCCCGCGUUUGUGUCUCAAGAGGAUAAAGCUGAAGCGAAGGAGCAGAGCAAGAACGAAAGCGCUUUCAUUCUAGCCUGGCUUGGUUUUGGUCUUGUCAUUCUUGUUGAGGGCAUCUCUCUUAAAAUUGAAACUUAGUAUGUCUAAUAAUUAUGUAAUAUAAUAUCCUGCUCUCAAUUUUGAUGUACAGGGUUCCUGCCAGAAGAGUGGGACAAGUUGUUUGUGAAGUAUCUUUAUCCGUCCUUCACGCCUACGGUUUUCUUGUUUGUUGCGGGAGCAGUUGCAUAUGGAGUGUUUAAAUAUCUGCAGAAUGAGAAUAUCACACAACAGAAAUAAAUGACAAGAAGGAAAUUACAGUAAGAGCCACUCAUCUUUGAUCCCUAUGCAACAAUCCAAGCUUCCAUCCUCACCAAGUUUUAGUGAGGUUUUUGAAACCCACUCAUACUAUGUUGUAAUUAAUUUCAUCACCCUUUUUAGCCGCAAUUGGUUCCCUUUUUUAACUUGGUGCUGUAUGGAUGUUGAAUAUUCUUAACUUAGAUCUCUUCAUUUAUUAGAAUUCUGGUUUGUUUUGCUCCUUAUUCUGUAUAAAGCAACAACUAGACCAUGACUUCCACCAUGGCCUAGAUUAAAUUCAUCUUUGCUGCAGUGUUGAAUUUUGAGCCAUCGUUUUAUUCUCUGCAGUAAAUUUCCUUCUCUCUUUUUUCCCUGCUUAUAAUGAGCUA